UCUAUGCCACUGAGUCGUCCAUCAUAGACUGGAGCUACCAGAUCCAGGAAGCACUGAAGAAAGAGUCUUCAGAGCCUCUCCUGCAAGGCAGCAACCCCAACCCAAAGGUGGAACUGGAGUUCUGGGAGAACAGGUGUGAGAACCUGGAAUGUAUUUACAACCAGCUGAGAACCAAGAAGGUCAGCAACAUGAUAGAGGUGCUGAAGAGAGCUGGGAGCAGUUACAUCCCAACCUUCAACACUAUGCUCAUGGAUGUUGAGACAGCUUUGGCCGAAGCUCAGGACAUUCACCUGCACCUGAUGCCCCUCAAGCGCCACUUGGAGGACAUCGAGAAGGUUGAGUUCAAUGAGGUGAAGCCUUUCCUGGUCCCUCUGCUCCAUGUGGUGUGUUUGAUCUGGGUCACCUCCAAGCACUACAACAUGCCUGCAAGGAUAGUAGUGCUGCUCCAGGAAAUCUGCAACCUCCUUAUCCAGCGGGCCACGGUGUACCUGUGUCCAGAAGAUCUUCUGAAAGGAGAGAUGGAAGAGAGCCUGGGCAAGGUGCAGCUGGUGCUCAGCAUCCUGAAUGCAUUCAAAGAGGCGUUUGAGGAGAGAAGGGAAAGACUGCACACAUAUUAUGGACCAGGCCAGGAAGUGAGGGAGUGGAAAUUCCCUGCUGUGAUGGUGUUUGCAAGGCUGGACAGCUUCCUGGAGAGACUGGAGAUGGUGGAGGAUCUUCUGGCAACUGCCUUGGACCUGAUGAAGCUGGAAAAGAUGGAGUUCAGUGGGAUUAAAGGGAAGGCCCUGGGCCAGCAGGUGCUGGACAUGUAUGAGAACUUCCAGGAGGCGUACAAGGUGUUGACAGAGCACUCCUAUGACUGCCUUGACCUGACCAACACGGAAUUUGUGCAAAACGCCUUGGAAUUCCAGCAGAAAGUAGAAGACAUCGACCGCCGGUUGGGCACUGUUUUCAUCCAGGCUUUUGAUGACGCCUCAGACUUGGAGCAUGCCUUUAAGUUGCUGGACAUGUUUGGGAGCCUCUUGGAGCGACCAGUGAUCGCUGCAGAUGCUGCUGACAAAUACUUUGUCCUCAUCAGCAUGUUCCACAGUGCUGUGGCCCAUGCAAGGCUCAUCUACGCCAGGCACAUCCAGGCAGAGCUGGAGCUUGGAUCCCCUGCUGUGCACAAGAACAUGCCCCCCGUGGCUGGAGCGCUGGGCUGGGCUCGGGAGCUGCGCACACGGAUCCAGGGGCCGUUUGGUCACUUGAGGCGCAUCCCACAUGCCUACUUGGAUUCUGCUGAAGGAAGGAGGGUGAUGGAGAAGUAUGAAGAAAUGAUCCAGCUGCUCGACAGGUAUCAGGAAAAGCUCUAUGUGAACUGGUCCCAAACAGUGUCUGAGCGAUCCCAGUACAACCUGGCCCAGCCGCUCAUCCAGCGGGACCCAGACACCAAACUCAUCACAGUCAACUUUGAUCCCCAGCUGGUGUCGGUGCUGAGGGAGGUGAGCUACCUGUCCAGCAGCCAGAUGGGAGCCAUCCCAGCUGUGGCAGCAGAAAUCUAUUCCUCCAGGGAAUCCUUCCGGCAGAUGGUGGCCAACUUGGAGCUGAUGGUGAACAGAUACAACAGGGUCCUGAAGACAGUCCUGGAGGUUGAAUACCCUCUAAUACAGGGGCAGCUGCAGGACAUUGACUUGAAGCUGAAAGAGGCAGAAGAAACACUGAACUGGAAGGUGGAAGGUGUCUGUGGUCACAUCUCCAUGGUGAUGGAUGGUGUCCAUGACCUCGAGCGGAGGGUACAGAAAGCCAAAGACAACGUUGAGGAGAUCCAGACCAUCGUGCGGGCCUGGGUGUCACCCAUACUGGAGAGGAAGGACUGCAAAAGGGAAUCACUGCUGGUCCUAGAGGACUGUCAGGACCGUCUGGAGAAGCGUUACAGCCUGGUCCGGGAGUCAGGGCAGAGGAUUCAUUCCCUGCUGAAGGAAAACCAGAGCCUCUUACUCGCAGACCCAGCAUCUGAUGUCUGGAAGGCCUAUGUGGAUUACGUGGAUGAGAUAGUCCUGGAUGGAUUCUUCACUGCCAUUGAGUGCUCGCUCAAGUACCUCCUGGAAAACACAGAUCCCAAGGCCGGGCUCGCUCCCCUGUUUGAGGUGCAGCUGGAUUUGGUGAUCCCGGAUUUAAUAUUUCAUCCCUCCGUGGACCCUGGCACAAACGAUGGCUUCUACGACAUGGUGGAAAGUCUUCUCAAUGACAUCUAUGGGAUCUCAUCGCUGGUGCCCCGGCUGGCCGAGCACAGCGGCUUCCCCCACUACCAGGCUGACAUGGAGGACAUGGCAGAUCUGGCUGACAUGCGCCACGAGCUGAUGGGGCGCGUGCAGGCUGUGAUGGUGGCCUGCUGCGAGUACCGCAGUGCCUUCGACCGCUACUCCUACCUCUACGGAGAGGACAGGAAGGAGUUCUGCCGCCAGUUCCUCCUCUACGGGCACAUCCUCACCGCUGCAGAAGUCGAGGCCCAUGCGGAGGACGGGGUCCCUGAGACUCCCCCCACACUGCAGCAGUUCAAAGAGCAGAUCGACUCCUACGAGAAGAUCUAUGAGGAGGUGAAUCGCAUCGAGCCCUUCAGCAUCUUCCAUGGCUGGAUGAAAGUGGAUGCUCGGCCUUUCAAGGCAUCCUUGCUGAACACCAUCAAAAGGUGGAGCUUGGUGUUCAAGCAGCAUCUUGUGGACCAUGUCACGCACAGCUUGGCUGACCUGGAGGAGUUCAUCAAAACUGCUGAGCAAGGUUUGAGCAAGAAGGUUGACAAAGGUGAUUAUGGUGGCUUGGUGGAGGUGAUGGGUCACCUCUUGGCCGUUAAAGAAAGGCAGAGUGUCACCGAUGCCAUGUUUGAGCCCCUGAAGCAAACCGUUGAACUGCUGAAGACCUAUGAGCAACAGCUACCAGAGGAAGUCUACAAGCAGCUGGAGGACCUGCCGCACACGUGGAGCCACGUGCGGAAGGCGGCGCAGGCGGUCAAGCAGCACGUGGCCCCCCUGCAGGCCAGCGAAGGGGCGGAGCUGCGCAGGCGCUGUGCGGCCUUCGAGGCCCGGCAGCGCCGCUUCCGAGAGCACUUCCGGAGAGAGGCGGCCUUCAGGUUCGACACCAAAAAGCCUUAUCAAGUGCUGGAUGCAAAACACAUUGAGAUUAAACAACUGGAGUCAGCCAUGACCUCGAUUUAUGAAUCAGCCGGUCUGUUUGAAGUCACGGUGCCAGAUUAUAGACAACUGAAGCAGUGCAGGAAGGAGCUGUGUCUGCUCAAAGAGCUCUGGGAUAUGAUCUCCCUUGUGAACAGCCGCCUUGCUGACUGGCAGACCACCAAAUGGGUGGAUAUUAAGGUGGAAGAAAUGGAUCUGGAGUGCAAAAAGUUUGCAAGAGAGAUUCGGAAUUUGGAUAAGGAAAUGAGGGCCUGGGAUGCUUUCAAUGGGCUGGACAGCAAGGUGAAGAACAUGCUCACAGCCCUGAAAGCUGUGGCAGAGCUUCAGAAUCCUGCCAUUAGAGAAAGGCACUGGAACCAGCUGAUGCAGACGACGGGUGUGAGGUUUGUGAUGGACGUGGACACCACGCUGGCUGACCUCCUGAAGCUCAACCUGCAUAACUUCGAGGAUGAGGUUCAUGGUAUUGUGGACAAAGCAGUGCGAGAGAUGAGCAUGGAGAAAGUCCUGAAGGAGCUGAAGAUGACUUGGGGCUCCAUGGAGUUUCAGUAUGAGCUUCACCCCCGCACAAACAUCCCGUUGGUGAGAUCAGAUGAGGAGCUCAUUGAAACUCUAGAAGACAACCAGGUGCAGCUGCAGAACCUAAUGACAUCCAAGUAUAUCGCCUUCUUCCUGGAGGAAGUGUCUGCCUGGCAGAGGAAGCUCUCCACUGCAGACUCUGUCAUCUGCCUCUGGUUUGAAGUGCAGCGUACAUGGGCUCACUUGGAGAGCAUAUUCAUAGGCUCAGAAGAUAUACGGGCACAGCUUCCCAAGGACUCGGAACGCUUUGAAGGGAUUGAUGUGGAUUUCAAAGAACUGGCCUAUGAAGUUCAGAAAACCCCAAAUGUGGUUGAAGCCACCAAUAAGCCAGGCCUGUCCCAACAACUGGAGGACAUUCAGAGUAGGUUGUCUCUGUGUGAGAAGGCUUUAGCUGAAUAUUUGGACAUGAAGAGGUUGGCCUUUCCCAGAUUUUACUUCAUUUCUUCUGCAGAUUUACUGGAUAUUCUUUCCAAUGGCACCAACCCACAUCUGGUGCAGCAUCAUCUUCCCAAGCUUUUUGACAGCUUGGCCCACAUUAAAUUCCAGCUGGAUUCUGAGCAAAAGGCGACCAAAGUUGGCCUGGGAAUGUACAGCAGAGAGGUGGAAUAUGUCGGCUUCAGUGAGCCCUGUGACUGCAGCGGGCAGGUUGAGGUCUGGCUGAAUCAUGUCCUGGACAGCAUGAGAGCUACUGUGAGAGAUGAGAUGACGGAAGCUGUUGUGGCUUAUGAGGAGAAGCCAAGGGAGCAGUGGCUCUUUGACUACCCUGCCCAGGUGGCUCUUACCUGCACCCAGAUCUGGUGGACAACCGAGGUUGGAAUUGCCUUUGCCAGGGUGGAGGAAGGCUACGAGAACGCGAUGAAGGAGUAUCACAAGAAGCAAGUGGCCCAGCUGAACGCCCUCGUGACCAUGCUCAUUGGGCAGCUCUCCAAGGGUGACAGGCAGAAAAUCAUGACCAUAUGCACCAUCGACGUGCACGCUCGGGAUGUGGUGUCAAAGAUGAUAGCGCAGAAGGUGGACAAUGCCCAGGCGUUCAUUUGGCUGUCGCAGCUCCGGCACCGAUGGUCGGAUGAGGAGCGGCACUGCUUUGCCAACAUCUGUGAUGCUCAGUUCCUCUACUCCUAUGAGUACCUUGGGAAUACCCCACGGCUCGUCAUCACUCCACUGACUGACAGAUGUUACAUCACCCUGACCCAGUCGCUGCACUUGACCAUGAGCGGAGCACCUGCGGGCCCUGCAGGCACCGGCAAGACGGAGACUACGAAGGAUUUGGGGCGAGCCCUGGGCAUCAUGGUGUAUGUGUUCAACUGCUCUGAGCAGAUGGACUACAAGUCUUGUGGGAAUAUUUACAAAGGCCUUUCCCAGACAGGAGCCUGGGGCUGCUUUGAUGAGUUUAACAGGAUCUCAGUUGAAGUCCUCUCUGUGGUUGCUGUACAGGUGAAGUGUGUGCAGGAUGCAAUAAGGGAAAAGAAGAAAUCCUUCAAUUUUCUUGGAGAAGACAUUAACUUAGUUCCCACAGUAGGCAUUUUCAUCACCAUGAACCCUGGCUAUGCAGGGCGAACUGAGCUACCUGAGAACUUAAAAGCUCUUUUCAGGCCCUGUGCAAUGGUUGUGCCAGACUUCGAGCUGAUCUGUGAGAUCAUGUUGGUGGCUGAGGGGUUCAUCGAGGCCCGGGCACUGGCCAGGAAGUUCAUCACCCUGUACCAGCUCUGCAGAGAGCUCCUGUCCAAGCAGGAUCACUACGACUGGGGCUUACGUGCGAUCAAGUCAGUGCUGGUUGUCGCCGGCUCCCUCAAGCGAGGUGACCCAGGGCGACCCGAAGAGCAGGUUCUGAUGCGCUCACUUCGUGACUUCAACAUCCCCAAGAUUGUGACUGAUGAUGUGCCGGUGUUCAUGGGGCUCAUUGGGGACCUUUUCCCUGCUCUGGAUGUACCUCGGAAGCGUGACCUGAACUUUGAGUCGUUGGUGAGACAGGCGGUGCUGGACCUCCGGCUGCAGGCUGAGGACAACUUCAUACUCAAAGUGGUGCAGCUGGAGGAGCUGCUGACGGUCCGUCACUCUGUCUUCGUGGUGGGUAACGCAGGCACGGGCAAGUCUCAGGUGAUGAAAUCCCUCCACAAGACUUACCAGCUAAUGAAGCGGCGUCCUGUCUGGACAGACCUCAACCCCAAAGCAGUCACCAAUGACGAGCUCUUUGGAAUCAUUAACCCAGCAACCAGAGAAUGGAAGGAUGGACUGUUUUCAUCCAUCAUGCGAGAGCUGGCCAACAUCACACAUGAUGGUCCCAAGUGGAUGGUACUAGAUGGAGAUAUUGAUCCGAUGUGGAUUGAGUCUCUUAAUACUGUGAUGGAUGAUAAUAAGGUGCUGACCCUGGCAAGCAAUGAGAGAAUCCCUCUGAACCCAACGAUGAGGCUGGUCUUUGAGAUCAGCCACCUGCGCACAGCCACUCCAGCCACUGUGUCCAGAGCAGGCAUCCUGUACAUCAACCCAUCAGACCUGGGCUGGAGUCCCCCAGUGAGCAGCUGGAUUGACAGGAGGGAGAUCCAGUCUGAGAGAGCCAACCUGACCAUUCUGUUUGAUAAGUACCUGCCAACUUGCCUGGACACCCUCAGGACAAGGUUUAAGAAGAUUAUUCCCAUUCCUGAGCAGAGUAUGGUUCAGAUGUUGUGCUACCUCCUGGAAUGCCUCCUGACAGAGGAGAACACACCUCCCGACUGUCCCAAGGAGCUCUAUGAGCUUUACUUUGUCUUUGCUGCUGUCUGGGCUUUUGGUGGAUCAAUGUUUCAAGACCAGCUUGUGGACCACAGAGUGGAAUUCAGCAAGUGGUGGGUGGCAGAAUUCAAGACCAUCAAGUUUCCUUCUCAGGGCACAGUCUUUGACUUUUACAUCGAGCCAGAAACGAAGAAGUUUGAGCCUUGGUCUAAACUUAUUCCCCCGUUUGAAUUUGAUCCAGAAAUGCCAUUACAGGCUUGCCUGGUGCCCACCACUGAGACAGUCCGUGUGCGGUACUUCAUGGACCGGCUCCUGGAGCGCCGGCGCCCGGUGAUGCUGGUGGGCAGUGCCGGCACGGGCAAGUCUGUGCUGGUGGGGGACAAGCUGUCCUCACUGGACAUGGAUGCCUAUGUGGUGAAGAAGGUCCCGUUUAACUACUACACCACCUCUGCCAUGCUGCAAGGGGUGCUUGAGAAGCCUCUGGAUAAAAAGGCUGGCAGGAAUUACGGCCCUCCAGGCACCAAGAAGCUCGUGUACUUCAUCGAUGAUCUGAACAUGCCUGAGGUGGAUGCUUACGGGACUGUGCAGCCCCAUACACUGAUCAGGCAGCACCUGGACUACGGCCACUGGUACGACAGGACCAAGCUGUCGCUGAAGGAGAUCAGGAACGUGCAGUACGUGUCGUGCAUGAACCCGACUGCGGGGAGCUUCACCAUCAACCCUCGGCUGCAGCGUCACUUCUGUGUCUUUGCGCUCUCCCUCCCUGGCCAGGAGGCCUUGUCCAGGAUCUACAGCACCAUUUUGAUGCAGCACCUGACGAGUGGCGGCUUCCCAGGGGCUGUGCAGAAGUCAGCUCAGCAGCUGCUUACCCUCGCUCUGCGACUGCAUCAGAAAGUAGCUGCCACUUUCCUGCCGACAGCCAUCAAGUUCCACUAUGUUUUCAACCUGCGAGACUUCUCCAAUAUCUUCCAGGGCCUUCUGUUCUCUACCCCUGAAUGUCUGAAGCAGCCCCAAGACCUGGUGAAACUCUACCUGCAUGAGUCAAACCGGGUGUACCGGGAUAAGAUGGUUGAAGAAAAGGAUUACGGUACCUUUGAUAAAAUCCAGCUGGAGAUGGUGAAGAAGUUCUAUGAUGAAAUUGAGGAAACUUUAGAGCAGACCAAGAGAAUGAAUGUUUAUUGCCAUUUUGCUAAAGGGAUCGGUGAACCCUGCUAUAGGCCAGUUCCAACCUGGGAGGAGUUGAACCAGAUCCUUGUGGAAGCCUUGGACAACUACAAUGAAGUCAAUCCUGCCAUGAACUUGGUACUUUUUGAGGAUGCCAUGUGCCAUGUCUGCCGCAUCAACCGUAUCCUGGAGUCCCCCAGAGGAAACGCUCUGCUGGUCGGGGUGGGUGGAAGUGGCAAGCAGAGCCUGACCAGGCUGGCAGCCUUCAUUAGCUCCCUGGAGGUUUUCCAGAUCACACUGAGGAAAGGCUAUGGCAUCCCUGAGCUGAAGGUGUGGUACCCAGCCCAUGCUCUGCAGAAUGUAGGUGCAGCCCCUAAGUCCUUACUUUUCAACCCCCAGGCAGACCUGGCAAACCAGUACCUGAAAGCUGGUGUGAAGAACAUGGGCACUGUGUUCCUCAUGACUGACGCGCAAGUGGCGGACGAGCAGUUCUUGGUGCUGGUGAAUGACUUCUUAGCAUCAGGUGAAAUCCCGGAUCUCUUUCCUGAUGAUGAAGUUGAAAACAUCAUCAACAGUGUGAGGAAUGAAGUCAAAGGCCGGGGGCUGCUGGACUCCAAGGAGACUUGCUGGAAGUUCUUCAUAGAGCGCGUUAGGCGACAGUUGAAGGUCGCGCUGUGCUUCUCCCCCGUUGGCAGCAGGCUCCGUGUCCGCAGCAGGAGGUUCCCGGCCAUCGUCAGCUGCGUGGCCAUAGACUGGUUCCAGGAGUGGCCACGGGAGGCCCUCGAGUCCGUCAGCCUCCGCUUCCUGCGUGAGACAGAGGCCGUGGAGGAUUCACUGAAAAGCUCAAUAAGCAAAUUCAUGGCCUACGUCCACACAAGUGUCAACGAGAUAUCCCGAUUGUAUCUGAGCAAUGAGCGGCGAUAUAACUACACCACUCCAAAGUCAUUCCUUGAGCAAAUCAAACUAUAUCAGAAUUUGCUUUUGAAAAAGGGCAAGGAUUUAAAGGCAAAAAUGGAGCGGCUGGAGAAUGGUCUGGAGAAGCUCAAAAGCACCUCUGCACAAGUGGAUGAGCUGAAGGCCAAGCUGGCAGCCCAAGAAGUGGAGCUGAAGCAGAAGAAUGAUGAUGCUGACAAGCUGAUCCAGGUGGUGGGGGUGGAGACGGAGAAAGUGAGCAGGGAAAAGGCCAUCGCCGAUGAGGAGGAGCAGAAGGUGGCACUGAUCACCCAGGAGGUGGAGCAGAAACAGAAGGACUGUGAGGAGGACCUGGCCAAAGCUGAGCCUGCCCUGGCAGCUGCCCAGGCUGCUCUGAACACCCUCAACAAGAAGAACCUGACAGAGCUGAGGUCCUUUGGGUCACCACCUUCAGCUGUCAGCAAUGUCACCGCGGCAGUGAUGGUGCUGAUGGCUCCGGGAGGAAGGAUUCCCAAGGACAGGAGCUGGAAGGCAGCGAAAGCCGCCAUGGCCAGGGUGGAUGGCUUCCUGGACUCCCUGAUCAAGUUUGAUAAGGAGAACAUCCAUGAGAACUGCCUCAAAGCCCUUCAGCCCUAUCUACAAGACCCCAAGUUCAAGCCCGAAUUCGUGACCACCAAGUCCUUGGCCGCGGCCGGGCUCUGCUCCUGGGUGCUGAACAUCGUGCGCUUCCACGCCGUGUUCUGCGAGGUGCAGCCCAAGAGGCAGGCGCUCAGCAAAGCCAACGCGGAGCUGGCGGCUGCCCAGGACAAGCUGGCCAGCAUCAAGGCCAAAAUCGCUCGCCUCAACGAGAACCUGCGGAAGCUCACAGCCAAGUUUGAGAAGGCCACUUCAGACAAACUCAAAUGUCAGCAAGAAGCUGAAGCGACAGCGUGUACCAUCGCGCUUGCGAAUCGCCUGGUUGGGGGACUUGCCUCUGAGGACGUGAGAUGGGCUGAAGCCGUGAAGGACUUCAAACAGCAGCACAGCACGUUGUGUGGAGACGUCUUGCUGAUCACAGCCUUUGUCUCCUACCUGGGCUACUUCACCAAGAAAUACCGACAGGACCUCCUGGAUGGGAUCUGGAGGCCGUAUUUGCAGCAGCUGGAAGUGCCAAUCCCUGUGACUCCAUCCCUCGACCCUCUGACCAUGCUGGCCGAUGAUGCUGAUGUGGCAGCCUGGCAGAACGAGGGCCUGCCGGCCGAUCGGAUGUCCACCGAGAACGCCACCAUCCUGAGCACCUGUGAGCGCUGGCCCCUCAUGGUGGACCCCCAGCUGCAGGGUAUCAAAUGGAUCAAAACCAAGUAUGGAGAAGACCUCCGAGUGAUCCGGAUUGGGCAGAAGGGGUAUCUGGACAGGCUGGAACAAGCCCUGGCUGCAGGAGAGCUGGUUUUGAUUGAAAACCUGGAGGAAUUCAUGGAUCCAGUUUUGGGGCCAUUACUGGGGCGAGAAACGAUCAAGAAAGGAAGGUACAUUAAGAUUGGGGACAAGGAGUGUGACUUGAACCCUGCUUUCCGCCUCAUCCUCCACACAAAGCUGGCAAACCCCCAUUUCCAGCCCGAGCUGCAGGCACAGUGCACCCUCAUCAACUUCACUGUCACACGGGAUGGGCUGGAGGACCAGCUCCUCGCGGCGGUGGUCAACAUGGAGAGGCCUGACUUGGAAGAGCUUAAGUCAUCUCUCACAAAGCAACAGAAUGGCUUCAAAAUCACCUUGAAAACACUAGAGGACAACUUGCUCUCUCGGCUGUCAUCAGCAUCUGGGAACUUCCUGGAAGACACAGCGUUGGUGGAGAACUUGGAGGUCACUAAACAGACCGCUGCGGAGAUUGGAGAGAAGGUCCAGGAGUCUAAGGUGACAGAAGCUAAGAUUAAUGAGGCCAGAGAGCACUACAGGCCUGCUGCUGCACGGGCCUCUCUGCUCUACUUCACCAUGAACGACCUCCAUGCCAUCCAUCCCAUGUACCAGUUCUCUCUGAAGGCCUUCAGACUCGUGUUUCAGAAAGCCAUUGAGAGGGCACCUCCGGAUGAGAGCCUGGAGGCGCGCGUGCUGAACCUCAUCGACAGCAUUACGUUCUCUGUGUUCCAGUACACAACCCGGGGGCUGUUUGAGUGUGAUAAAUUGACCUACACCGCUCAAGUUACCUUCCAGGUACUUCUGAUGAGUAAAGAAAUCAAUGCAGUAGAACUGGAUUUUCUUCUAAGGUACCCAGCGCAGACCAGAGUCACAAGCCCUGUGGAUUUCCUGUCUAAUCACUCCUGGGGAGGAAUCAAGGCUCUCUCAUCCAUGGAGGAAUUCAGAAACCUGGAUCGGGAUAUUGAGGGAUCUGCAAAACGGUGGAAGAAAUUUGUUGAGUCUGAGUGUCCUGAAAAGGAGAAGUUCCCUCAGGAAUGGAAGAACAAGUCAGCCCUGCAGCGCCUGUGUAUCAUGAGAGCCAUCCGGCCCGAUCGCAUGACCUAUGCUGUCAGAGAUUUUGUGGAGGAGAAGCUUGGCAGUAAAUACGUGGUAGGGAGAUCCCUGGAUUUUGCAACAACCUUUGAGGAAUCGGGACCUGCGACGCCAGUGUUCUUCAUCCUGUCCCCGGGAGUCGACCCACUGAAGGAUGUGGAGAAACAAGGGAAGAAACUCGGUUAUACUUUUAACAACAGGAAUUUCCACAACGUUUCCCUUGGACAAGGUCAAGAGGUCGUUGCUGAACAAGCUCUGGAUCUGGCUGCAAAGGAGGGUCACUGGGUCAUCCUUCAGAACAUCCACCUGGUGGCCAAGUGGCUGAGUUCCCUGGAGAAGAAGCUGGAGCAGCACAGUGAGGGCAGCCACCAGGACUUCCGUGUCUUCAUUAGCGCAGAGCCAGCACCUUCCUCUGAGAGCCACAUCAUUCCCCAGGGCAUCCUGGAGAACUCCAUCAAAAUCACCAACGAGGCCCCAACCGGGAUGCACGCAAACCUGCACAAAGCCCUCGACAACUUCAACCAGGAUACCCUGGAGAUGUGCACCCGGGAACAUGAGUUCAAGAGCAUCCUCUUUGCUCUCUGCUAUUUCCAUGCUGUGGUGGCAGAAAGGCGCAAGUUUGGUCCCCAAGGCUGGAACCGGUCCUACCCCUUCAACACUGGAGACCUCACCAUCUCUGUGAACGUGCUGUAUAAUUACCUGGAGGCCAGCUCAAAGGUCCCAUAUGAUGAUUUACGCUACCUCUUUGGUGAGAUCAUGUAUGGAGGACACAUUACAGAUGACUGGGACAGGCGGCUCUGCAGAACCUAUUUGGAAGAAUUUAUUAAGCCAGAAAUGCUGGAGGGAGAACUCCUCCUAGCUCCAGGCUUCCCCCUCCCAGCAAACAUGGACUAUAAUGGCUAUCAUCAGUACAUAGACGAUGCCUUGCCUCCAGAGUCUCCUUAUCUGUAUGGCCUCCAUCCCAAUGCUGAGAUUGGCUUCCUUACCCAGACCUCAGAGAAGCUCUUCCGCACCAUGCUGGAGAUGCAGCCCCGGGACAGCAGCACGGGUGAUGGAGGAGUGGUGACCAGGGAAGAAACGGUGAAAGCCCUUCUGGAAGAGAUGUUAGAGAAACUGAUGGAUGAGUUUAACAUUGCAGAACUGAUGGCAAAGGUGGAGGAGAGGACACCGUACGCUGUGGUUGCCUUCCAGGAAUGUGAGCGCAUGAACAUCCUCACCAGUGAAAUAAAACGCUCUCUUAAGGAGCUGGACCUAGGGCUGAAGGGAGAACUGACCAUGACAAGCGACAUGGAGAACCUGCAGAAUGCCCUUUUCUUGGACAUGGUGCCUGAGUCCUGGACAAAGAAAGCUUACCCUUCCACGGCCAGCCUGGGCUCGUGGUUUGCUGACCUCCUCGCGCGCAUCAGGGAGCUGGAGGCCUGGACAGGAGACUUUUCCUUACCCUCCACAGUGUGGCUUGCUGGGUUCUUCAAUCCCCAGUCUAUCCUGACAGCUAUCAUGCAGUGCACGGCCCGGAAAAACGGGUGGCCUUUGGACAAGAUGGCCUUGCAGUGUGACGUGACAAAGAAGAACAGGGACGAUUUUGCCAGCCCUCCUCGGGAAGGGGCGUACGUCCACGGCUUGUUCCUGGAGGGUGCGCGCUGGGAUGCACAGGCUGGGAUAAUCACGGAUGCCAGGCUCAAGGAGCUAACCCCAGCCAUGCCCGUCGUUUUCCUCAAAGCCAUUCCUGCUGACAAGCAAGAUCUCCAUAACAUGUACCCGUGUCCUGUGUACAAAACACACCAGAGAGGGCCAACCUAUGUGUGGACUUUUAACCUUAAAACUAAGGAGAAUCCCUCCAAGUGGGUGCUCGCUGGUGUGGCGCUGCUGCUGCAGGUCUGAUCCCCAGCAGGGCCCCUCAUUGCAAAGCCCUCAUGAGGUCUUUCUCAGACAACUUAAAUAGGAUCCUGAGGUUGAACCCAGGAUUCACCUCUCUGAGCACUUGGGCACGUAGCUGAAAUAGAACCUACAAGGAGGUGACAGAGGUGCAGGGGGACACAUGGAGCAGAUUCGUGGCUGCUGUCAAUCACUACCCUGUAAUCCCUACACUGGAAGAUCCUAACCUGCAGCAGGAUCUUCCACCCCCAGAAUUAAUGUAAUGUUGAUUUCUCUUGCAGGAUGCAAAGUAGUUUUAAAGUGAGUGGCCUUCUCCAGACUCCUCAGAUAGGCCAGGGACCUGUGAAAUUCUUCAGAUCUUAUCCUUUUCUAUACAGGAGUGUUUCUUUGUUAUAGGUGUGAUACCAGAAGCUGGGAGAUCAACAGGUACUGUGGAUGUAAACUGUUUCUUACUAAUAUUGCUGUAAAUUUUAAACCCAUUUAAAAUAGUGUUAAUAUCCAGUGUGCUUCAUGUAACCAUCAAUAAAACUACAGCGUUUCUAAAGCAGAAA